GUUCAGAUUUGUCUACUAAACGCAGAUUUUUAGAGUCCGUGUGCAGAUUUUUAUCGAUUUGCUGAUAUUUUUAGUUUUUCCAUAGUUUCUGAAGAUGUUUAUCAGAGUCUCCUAAUAUUCACGUAGACUUUGUCAAAAUGUGUGCAGAUUUUUCGAAUCGCGGAUAGCUUUUUUCAGAUUUUUCCGGUUCUUGAGCAGUUGUAGAUAUUUUUCAAAAACAUCUGGCAUCUCUGGAACUGUCAAAAAAAUCACGAAAGCGAAGAGAUCAACCGUACUGAAAUAUAAACGACGUUACGUGGCGCUAGAAAUAUUUUUGGAAAUUAUCAUUCAAGUAUCGUAAAAUGAAGAAUCUCCAUUCUCUGAUUAUCCUAUUAGUAAGUUGUGUUCGUUUGGGUUAUGGAUAUUUCAUUACCGUCGACGCGCAUUCGGAGGAAUGCUUUUUCGACCGUGCAGAAGGUGGUACUAAGUUAGGUCUAAUGUUCGAAACUAUCGAGGGCGGAUUUUUGGAUAUAGAAGUACGCAUCAUUGGACCAGAUCAAAAAGUAAUCUAUCAGGGAGAGAAGGAAUCCUCUGGAAAAUACACCUUCUCCGCAUAUGAAACCGGUGUCUAUCAUUACUGUUUCAGUAAUAAAAUGUCAACACUAACACCAAAGGUUGUCAUGUUUUCAAUGGAAAUUGGAGAAACACCGAAAGGAACGAUAGGAGCAGUAAAUGAAGGUGAGGUUGGACAUACAAAAUUGGAGGACAUGAUAAAGGAACUGUCGGGAACGUUGACCAGUAUUAAGCAUGAACAAGACUAUAUGCACGUAAGAGAUCGUAUCCACCGCACGAUCAAUGAAAGCACAAAUUCUCGUGUUGUUAUGUGGUCUGUUUUCGAAGCGCUAGUGCUGGUGGUGAUGACGGUUGGACAAGUGUACUAUCUUAAACGAUUUUUCGAAGUCAAGAGGGUCGUGUAAGCUUGGAUUAAUUUCAAUAAAAAACAUUUUGUUUUUUUGGCUUGCUAAGAAUAAAAAGGUAUCAUCCAAUUUAAGUAUUUGUCCUAACAUCA